ACACUAAAAAAAAAACUAAAUCUUGAUGGAACAACAGAGAGUAUAAAGAAGAGACAAUUGAACAAGUAAAAGCCCUAGAUUAUAUUUUGCUAAAGAGAAGAAGCAUCGAGAAGAAGUCUUUCUCCUUUAACCCUCUAAUGUUUCACCGGUUCUGUUCCUCUCUCUCUCGCUCCUCCGUCAUCUUCCCCAAAUCCAUAAAGUCUCCUCCUUUCCCUUUCCCUCGCUCCCUCCGUCGAUCUCCUCUUACUCUCUCCUUCUCCUCCUUCAAAAUGUCCGACACCAAUCCAUCACCAAUCCCAUCUCCGACCAAACAAGAAACCCUCCGCUCUCUCGAAUCCCACCUCGGCUCCCCCUUCACCUCCUCCCCCAUCAUCCCCCCUCCCAACCAACUCAUCAUCGUCAUCUCCGGCCCCAGCGGCGUCGGCAAAGACGCGGUCAUCAACAAGCUCCGAGAAUCCCGCGAACGUCUCCACUUCGUCGUCACCGCAACUACCCGCCCCAUGCGCCCCGGCGAAGUCGACGGCAAAGACUACUUCUUCGUCACCAGAGACAACUUCCUCUCCAUGGUCGAGAACGACGAGCUCUUAGAAUACGCCUUGGUCUACGGAGAGUACAAAGGCAUCCCCAAGAAGCAGAUCCGCGAGUCCAUGUCCAAAGGGGAGGACAUCGUCCUCAGAGUCGACAUCCAGGGAGCGCAGACGCUGCGGAGGAUACUCGGUAGCUCCGCGGUGUUUGUGUUCUUGGUGGCGGAGAGCGAGGUCGCGAUGGUGGAGAGGUUGGUCGAUAGGAAGACGGAGAGCCAGGAGGAGUUGCUUGUGAGAGUGGCGACGGCGAGGGAAGAGGUUAGGCAUUUGAAGAGCUUUGAUUACGUUGUGGUGAAUGCCAAAGGGAGGCUUGAUGACGCGGUGAGCCGCGUGGAAGCUAUUAUUGAUGCGGAGAAGUCUAGAGUUCACCAGAGGGUUGUCAGGAUUUGACUGAUAUCCAUUGCUCUGUGGCGUAUUGCUCGCUGACUUCAGAUAUGAUUUCAUCACAGAACAAAAAGUUUUUUUUCAUUCUGGUGAUACUACCUCCACUGAGUUUACAAGGAUUGUUUUUUUUUUUGGUUUUGUUUGUUGAUUAAUCUAUCAUAUCUUUACAUUUUACAUGGAUAGAUUAUGUUAUCAUCAUUCUCACAAUUUGGUUACAUCCUGUUACUUAAAUGUUCUUGAGCAUUGCGGAGAAUAGUAGUAUUGAUUUAGCCUUAACUUUACAAGAUGGCAGGCCCUAUUAAUUUGUAUACUUGAUGUCUUCAAGGUUCAAUAUAGGUUAGUAUGACCCAAUUUAAAAGCCUUUUUUGCUCUUAACACAACAAGAGCUGUACUGGAAUCUGGACUUGCCAAGUCACUGCCCACAAACCAUAAUCAAAGUACUUAACCAUUAAUUAUUUGGUUCAUGGGUACCUGCGUCGGCGUCAAUCUUUUAAAAAAAUCUUGUUCGUUUCGUUGACGCCGGUACUGCGUCUGCGUCUAAACGCUGCGUUCUCGCGUCAGACGCCGAAAAAAUCAGUGUCGUGCGAUAAAAAGUCAGCGUCUGAGCUUUACCUUUUUGACGCAGCCUUCGGAUAUCUCGUCUCAGCCUCUUCUCCAUUGAGGCAUCCUUCGAUCUGUGCUUGAGCUCUCUCCAUCUCUCUCGAUCUCGACCCCUCUCUCCAUCUCUCUCGAUCUCGACGAAAACCCAUCUCUUCUCACUCUCGAAUCUCUUCAUCGACCUCUCUGGUCUCAGCCUCUCUCCAUCUCUCUCGUCUCAGCUCUCCCUCUCGACGAACCUCUCAAGCUCGACCUCUCAGGCUCUCCCUCUCUGGACAACCCUCUGAAGCUCAGACUCUCUCAGAACUACUGGCUCUCGAGGAUUUGUGUUACCUUCAAGGAGUGUUGUUACUCUCAUAAGGGUGUGUGAGAUGUUUGCAGCAGGUGGAUAUUGAGUACAAGUCAUUGAAGGCAAAGCUUCAGGAUUUGUUCAAUCUUGAGCAGCAGAUCGUCCAAGUUACAGAAGCUCUCUGUUUCCAGAUAGUGAAGGUGUUGGAGUUCGUUGCAAAGAAAGAAAGUCUGCAACUGCCCCACGGUUUUACAGCAUUACAAGUACUUCUAGGUCUCAGACCCUCUCAAGUUCAAACCCGGACCCAAGGGCUAGACCAAGUAUGAGACAAGUGUUAUAAUAUCUAAGAGGAGAUGCAAAGUUACCUGAUUUGUCUCCUUUGGACUUUUCUGGGAGUGGGAUGAUACUUGGGCUCCAAGACGGGUUUAGCGAAUUAGGGAUGUCAUAUUCUUUCUCUGUCUUUAAAGGGUUUACGGGUGGAUCUAUAGCUGAUUCUGGGAGAUGAAUGUUUUAAACAUUAAGUUGGUUUUGUGUGUAUCAGUGUAUGUUAUGGUAAAAUAAUUGAAACUUUUAUCUCAAGAAUAGAUUAUGACCAA